AUGGCCACGAACACGUGCCGGUGGCUAGGGCCGGGGUGCCGCGCCACCCCGGCGGCUGACAGCCCCGCCCGCGCGCCGGAGGCCGGGUGGGGGCGGCGGCCACGCCGGCGGCUUGCAGGGACGGCGGCCUACCACGCCGCGGCUCCACCCACGAGCAGGAGGCGGCGGGGCGCAGGGUGCCGCGCCACGCCGGUGGCCAGGGCCGGGGGUGCUACGCCGCCCCGGCAGCCGAGGGCCACGCCUCCUCCGGCCGGCCCCGCCUCGGCCGCCGCACGGCGGCCUCCACCGCCUCACGCCGCCCCCUCCGGCUGCCGCCCCUUCGUGAGGCACCGCACGGCCAGGGGCACCGCACGGGCGCCUCAUGGCCAGGCCACGGCCGCCGGUGCGGCCAGGGCGCUCUCUCUGCACCUCGCCCUCGCCGGCGGUCGAUGGGCGGCGCCGCCUGGAGCAGAAACCGCCGCUCCGCACCGGACAGCGGGAGCGAGCUCCACCGCGGCUCCACCCCACGCUGCGAGCGGGAGCCGCUGCGUGCGUACUUCGCAGGGCGCCACCGCCACCGCAUGA